AUGACUGUCCUGCGCAAGGCAUGCCGCAACUGUACCUUCUCCAAGCGGAAAUGCGUGGUACAGCUGCCAAGAUGCGCUCGCUGCGCUCAGAAGGGUCUCGACUGUACCUACGACCUAGAGCCUCUGAGCGUCCCGACUGCACAACCCGAGAGCCUACCUAAAUUAUCGUUUAAUCCAUCAAGCUGUGAUACCCCUGGGUACUGCGUCAUGAAGACCUUUCAAUCACGAGCUUCCACUGGCAUCGAACCGGAGUACUGUAGACCGGGACAUUUGGAUGCCUUAGAGAUCGUUCGCAUGAGUUAUCAACGAUUGCCAGACCUUAUCCGGGUAGGAAAGCCUGCAUUUUUCAUACACCCUAAGCUACAACUACGCAGCAACCGCAAUCACCUUGCCAUCUUCGAAAGGAGUGGAAAGAGCGGCGUGAACUAUGAGAAUUUUCAGCGUCUAAUUCAACUCGAUAUCAAGACAGCCCCUGUUGAAGAGGCCCUCCCCGCUCUUCAGGCUCUUCUUAUCUACCUGGCGAGUUAUUUCUUUCCUCCGGGCCAGCUCGGGGAAGAUACAGUAGAGCAAUUUCUUAACAUUUUAUCCGAAUGGACUCAGACGUUAUUGGCAUCUGCUCAGACUGGAAUGCCUCGAGGUCCGUCUGCCUGGCAAGAGUGGCUAUUUGGAGAAAGCAUUCGGCGGACCAUUGUCAUGUCAUAUGCACUCGUGAUGGCUGUGUCUAGCUUUAAUUAUGGGUAUUGCUCCCAUUGGUUAUUCAUUGAGUCUCUUCCAUUCGAUAAGCGCCCAGGCCUGUGGAUGGCGGAGUCACCACAGGCUUGGAUUGCAGCAGCUCGAGCUAGAACAGGCGAAGAAGUAGGCGAGCAGCUCAACUCCUUUCACGAGUUUGCGAUAAGUUGUGAUGGGUCAGAUCUGAGUUUCUGUGGGGAUGAGUUUCUAGCUUUGCUCGCAUUCGCUCAUAACGGCAAAUCCGAUACUGCCCAGAGCUGGUGCGAACUAGACCGAAUUGGGGUUUGA